UUUUCACACUUCAAGGCUUCUACAUUUUGGUCUAGAUUGUGUUCACAAAGUCUGACAUAACUCUUUAGCAUGUUCACGAAGUUCUAACCUAAUUCAGAACUCUUUAACGUGACAAAUCGAACUCUUUAAAGUAGCAAUCAAGAACACUUUCAAUUUUUAUUAAGAGAAGAAGUUCAAGAGAUGAGCUGGUGGUGGGCCGGAGCUAUUGGCGCUGCACGGAAAAGGUUUGGAGAAGAAGAUGACGCGCCGCCCAAGCACCAGAGCGUGGCUCUAAUCUUCGGCGUCACCGGGAUCGUCGGCAACAGCCUCGCCGAGAUCCUCCCUCUCGCCGACACGCCCGGCGGCCCAUGGAAGGUUUACGGCGUCGCUCGCCGGCCAAGACCCGCCUGGAACGCCGACCACCCAAUCCAGUAUAUCCAGUGCGAUAUUUCCGCCGAGAAAGACGCCCAAUCCAAGCUGUCAGUCCUGACAGAUGUCACGCACGUGUUCUACGUCACGUGGGCGAACCGAUCAUCGGAGCUGGAAAACUGCGAAGCCAACGGGAAAAUGUUCAGGAAUGUCCUAAACGCCGUCGUCCCCAAUUGCCCGGAUUUGAAGCACAUAUGCCUGCAAACGGGCCGGAAACACUAUCUCGGCCCAUUCGAAUUGUACGGAAAAGUCGCGCACGAUCCGCCGUAUCACGAGGAUUUGCCGCGACUAGACGCGCCCAAUUUCUACUACACUCUCGAGGAUAUUCUUUUAGAGCGAGCGGAAAAGACGGAGGGAUUAACGUGGUCCGUACACCGGCCGGGGACAAUCCACGGCUUUUCUCCGUACAGCAUGAUGAACAUCGUCGGAACUCUGUGCGUCUACGCCGCGAUCUGCAAGCACGAAGGGGCCCCACUGAGAUUCCCCGGCGUUAAAGCAGCGUGGGAAGAAUACUCAGAUUGCUCCGAUGCGGAUUUGAUUGCAGAGCACGAGAUCUGGGCGGCGGUGGACCCAUACGCCAAGAACGAAGCUUUCAACGUCAGCAAUGGCGACGUGUACAAAUGGAAGCAUUUGUGGAAGAUUUUGGCGGAGAAGUUUGAGGUGGAAGAUGGGGGAUUUGAAGAAGGGGAGAGGAUUACUCUGCAGGAGAUUAUGAAGGAGAAAGGGCGUGUUUGGGAUGAGAUUGUGGAGAAAAACAACCUGCAAGCUACGAAAUUGGAGGAUGUUGGAGUAUGGUGGUUUGUGGAUCUUAUCUUGAGUGGAGGUUGUCCCCUGGAUACUAUGAACAAGAGCAAAGAACAUGGGUUUCUGGGAUUUAGGAACUCCAAGAAAGCCUUCAUUUCAUGGAUUGAUAAGGUGAAAGCUCACAAGAUCGUUCCUUAGUUUUGUGACUUUGUCUGUGUGUGUAUGUGUACCAUGUUAGUGUUAAAAAUGUCAUCUUUCUCUCUGUAAUGUAUUUGAAGUAAUGGGAAUAAUAAUACAUUAAUGGAGUCUUAUAUAUCUAGUUGUAGUGGUAAAUAAAAACCGUAUCUCAAAUACAUAAAGCUUGAACCUUUUGGGUUCGUCCA